CACACAAAGCUCGCGCACCUAACCUACGAUCAUAAUAAUAACAAAAGCGUCGCGCAAGGGAGUCUUGUUAUCAAAUAUCGCGAAGUCAUAUAUAUCUCUCCGGUUCUGCACGGCAGGGCAGGCGCGAUUUCGCGCGUGAUUCGCGCUCCGUUGUAAUGCCGAGGACGUGAGCCUCCGUCCGGACGGGCUUCGACAAGAUGGGCGACAUACGGGCUGGUCUCGAGGACCUGAAGCUCGACGGUGUUCUGUUUGCCAACGUCAAAUACUACGUCAGCGGUGAGGGCGAUCCCAAGAUUUUGAAUCUGCUGCAAGAAGGUGGGGCUGAGAGAUCCAAUUAUUUUAGCACUUUUGUUACACAUCUGAUAGCAGGCUACGAAGCGUUAGAAAAUGAUAUUUCUCAAGCAAAGGAUCUAUAUGAAAUUCCAGCAGUCACACAAAAUUGGAUCUUAUAUUCUGUUAAAUGCAGCAAACUACUGCCAGUGCAAUAUUUCUCACCAGAAGAGAAUCAAUUAUUCUCGAAUGUACGUAUCUGCUUAUCCCAGAUAAGUCGAGCGGAUAGCAAGUCACUCUGGGCAAUGAUAACAUUGCAAGGUGGCAAAUGUCAGUUACGUUUGGAUAGAUAUUGCACUCAUUUGAUCACGGGUAAAGCGAGUGGUAUCAAAUAUGAAACUGCCGCGAGACAUCAUAUACCUACUGUAACCCCUGAUUGGAUAACAGAAUGUUGUAAGAAAGGCACUCUUGUUAGCGAAGUGGAAUAUCAUCCCAAAUUGCUAUUGUCUGCAAAUAGCUCGACAGCUAUGAUUACUGGAUUUAUGGACGAAGAUACUGAUAACAACAUCGCGCAAGGGGAGCAGGAUCGAACUAAGGCCAUGUUGGAACAACUCAAGCAACGCAUGCCGUGGAAUCAACCAAAUCCACCUGUGUCAUUGAGUACUACGCAUAGCCUUGGUGCAACAAGCACAGCAACUGUUUCUUAUUCGACGAAUGGACAGAAUACCGUGAAUAUGCAACAGCAACAACUUCCGCGAUCAGUUCCCUCGUCUAGUUUAGGGACACCUGCAAACGUUCCAUCAGUUUCUGAUCAAAAUGUUAAUAUUAAUCAAGCAAAUUGGCUCCCACAGCCUUCUCAGCAAAGCAAUGUUUCUCAACAGAUAAAAGCUAUACCAUCACAAAUACAGCAACAAGAAUUAUCUCAACAACAACAAAUAAAUAUGCAACAUCAAUUGAUACAGCAGCAACCAUUAACAUCACCACAACAGCAGCAGCAGCAGCCGCCGCCGCCGCCGCCGCCGUUAACGCAACAACUUGCACAGCAUCAACAGCAGUUGCAACAGCCACCAUAUAAUCAACAACAAAUUCUUAAUCAACAACUAUCACCUCAGGUACAACAGCAGCAACAGUUAAUAGGACAACAACAGACAUUGAUGCCGCAACAGCAGCAGCAGCAACAAAUAAAUUCACAAUUAUCUCAGCAUCAAUUAACUGCACAGCAACUAUUAACAACGCAACAAAAGCAAUUGACUCAACAACAUCAAAUAAUCCAACAACAGAUAAAUCAACAGCAACAGUUGCCAACACAACAGCCACAUUUGGCGCCACAACAGCAACAAGUGCAAUUAGCAACACAGCAGCAGCAGCAAAUAGUAAUGCAGCAGCAGCAACUACCUUCUCAGCAACAACAGAUAGCUACUCAGCAUCAGUUGACCCAACAACAAGCUCCAUCACAGCAACUCUCCGCCGAGCAAAGACAACUUAUUUUAUUACAGCAGCAGCAACAACAAAAAAUUCAACAGAUUUCACAGCAAUUACAACAAUCCGCUCCGCAAAGUUCACAAUUUGUCAUAAGAGACGGCCAAUUACAGCAACAACCACAGAAUCAACAACAAUUAAUCGGACCAAAUCAGCAAGGAUUUAUUGUAAAACGAGACCCGCAGUGGCAACAACAACAGUACCACUUACAAUUGCAGAGACAACAGCAAAUUGGACCUCUGAGAUCCGAAACGCAAUGGAACCAACUUCCCAGACAUUUAAUUCAAUUAGAUAAGCAGACACAUUUACAAUUGCAACAGAUGGACACUCAACAAAGAGCCCAAUUCAUCCAGAAAUUGCAGAAGCAGCGAAAUCUGCUAUUGCAGAGACAGGUGCAUAAUCGUCAACAAGGCCCGCACAUUGCUGUUAUCAGGAAUCCCGGUAAACCGGUGCAAUCGACUAGUUUACAGUGGAUUCCACAAGUUCAACAACCUCAGAUGAUGGGACCGCAACUCACGCCAACUCCUGGACAGAAACCCGUGCAUUCCGGGGUGCAGCCACCGGCGUUAACCCCGAUAAACUCUUCCAAUCAGGUCAUUGUGCCGACUGGACAGGCUGUUCAAGGAUCGCAAGUGUCGCAGACAGGACAGACAUUCCAACAGGGACAAUUAACACCUCAACAGUUGGUGCAGUUACAAAUGCAGAAGCAGCAGCAAAUGGUUAGAUUGCAGCAGCUACAUCUCCAACAACAACAACAACAGCAGCAGCAGCAGCAGCAGCAACAACAAGGCGCGCAACAGGAGACACCUUUAACGCCUUUGCCAAAUAACACGCAUAUUCCACCGGAUCAACAACUUGUCGUGAACGCCAAAACGAAAACUGCGCUGGCUAAUAUGCUAACCAACAGAUUGCAAGGCGGUGCUACCGAGGGUAGUGCAGCUGGUCAAUUGAGAUUGAUGACCGCGCAGCACAGACCUCCACCACCUCCUUCUCAGGAUCCACAGCUCUUGGCUGCUUAUCAAAGGAGAACUUUGGGAAAUAUAACGAACGGUGCGCCGACAGGAGCACCAAUAAAAAUGCAAUAUCCUCCAGUUAUGCCACAGCCCAAACCUCAAUUUUAUGGUCACAAUCCAAAUUUAAAACUGCCACCAGAUCUAUUUUUGUUGGGAUGUAUUUUCGUUAUUGUCGAAUAUGAAAACCAACGUCCGAAUGAAGUCUCAGUUUGGAAGCAAGUUAUUGAAAGACAUGGUGGCGAGGUAGAGCCGCAAUAUUGCGGUCGUGCGACACAUGUACUGGCCAUUACGCAGAAACAUCCGAUCGUGGUACAAGCGUUACGCGAUGGAAAACGUUGCGUCAGCGCGCAUUGGCUUUCUGACGUUGUCAGUAAGCAACAGGUGUUACCACCGUGGCAUGCCUUGCACUUUCCGACGCCGUUCAGUUUGACUGAGCUUCCAUGUGUCAAGCAAGUUGUAUCGUUUUCCGGAUUCGAGGGAGAAGAACGAGCAAAAGUCAAACAUAUGUUAGAAGCUUUGGGCGCCAAAUUCACAAACUACUUUUCCAAACAUAAUACUCUUCUUGUUUGCAGAAGACCAGAUGGACAGAAGUAUAAAAAGGCUCGCGAGUGGUUAACUAGCGUUGUAAACGCACAAUGGUUGACCGAGUUGCUUUGUGGACAGACGAAUGCUUUGCAUCAACUUGAGAGUCAAAAGUUUCAACAGUUUAGUCUGAGUAAUCCUUUCAGACUAGAUUAUUCACUUGUGCCUCAUCUCAUGGCUGCUUGGAAAAUACCAAUAAACAUUAGUCAAGAGUCGUAUGACAAAGUAAAACAGGUUGGUCAGGGACCAAAUUCGAUCAGAAAAUACAAAAAGCCGCGAUUGGAUGGCCCAUUGUUGAAUAAGGAUCCACAUCUUUUGGGUUUGGAAGAACCAAUUGUCGUCAGCAAUCCCGAUCCUCCGCCGCCUGAUAAACAACCCAGAAUAUUAUUUUCUGGUAUUAAUCCCAGGAAACAUGCUAAGAGAAUUCGAGAACUGGGAGGCGCUUUGGCUGCUAGUUGGCGAGAUGCCACUCAUCUGAUAAUGUCGGCACCAUUACGAACAGUGAAAUUAUUAUGUUGUCUAUCGCGAUGUAAAUUUAUCGUCAGUUUACAAUGGUUGCUCGAUUGUUCCACAAAAAACACCUUCGUAGAUGAAAGCGCAUAUAUGCUUGGUGAUGCGGAAUUUGAGAAGAAUUUUAAUUGCAAUAUCGAGAAAGCUUUAGCGAGUCCGAAUCGAGGAACAGUACUUAAGGGUAAAAUAUUUUUCGUCACACCGAGUGUGAUACCAUCUCCUUCCGCGAUGGCAGAAAUAAUAGAAAGUGCGGGAGGUACAAUGGAAAAGACGCGUAGAACACUUGCGCAGAUACAAGAAAUGAAUAACGGGAAAAUAAAUUAUGUCAUCAUAACUCAUGAAAAUGAUCUUCUUCUGCUUUCUGAUGUCUUAGAAGCAAAUAUUAAUGUGUAUAGUGCGGAAAUUGUAUUUGGCGCAAUUGCACGACAAUACUUCCAACCUGAUGCGAGUCAAAACUAAAAAAUAUGCAAGUUACAUUACCGUAUUUUUAUCCCUAUUAUGGGCCUAUUAUUUCUUAGUGAGUUAUUUUCAAGACAAAAAUCUUUGCUUACCUUCAACAAUGGGACAAUAAAGAAUGUAAUUUUAUGAUAAAAAGAAAUCAUUUUUAUACGUUUA